AUGGACUGGCUUUAUCAGACACCUGAACGGGUCAUGACGACUGCGCUUGGUUUUUUCGGGGUCUUUGUUCUUGUCGCCUACAUCGCAUCUGUGGUCUACGAGGCCUUCAUAUCGCCGUUAAGCAAAUACCCCGCCCCGAUCUACUGUCAUGUGAGCCAUCUACCGGUCGCGUGGCACAUGUGGCGCGGCACACACCCAUACUGGCUCGACGGGUUACACAAGAGGUACGGGCGCGUUGUCCGCGUUAGUCCGAGCGAGCUGAGCUACACGGAUGGACGAGCCUGGAAAGAUAUAUACGGACACACCCGAGAAGGAAAGCGUGGCUGCCCCAAGAACCCACGCUUCUAUGGCCCCGUCAAGGACUUGGACAAUGGCACACCGGGCAUCCUGGAGGCCGACGAUGUGAACCAUGCGCGAUUCCGCAGGAUCUUCAGUCAUGCAUUCAGUCCCAAGGCACUACAGGAACAAGAACCAAUCUUCCAAAAGUAUACCACCCUGCUCACCCAGAGGCUGAAGGAAAAAAUGGACGGGAACUCCCAGGGAGAGUUCGAUCUGUUGGCAUGGUACAACUAUGCCACCUUUGACGUUAUGGCCGACCUCACGUUUGGCGAGUCCCUGAAGCUACUGGAGACGACGGCAUACAUUCCCUGGAUCGAUGCCAUCUUCAACAGCCUCCAGGCCGGCGUCAUCUUCCGGAGCAUGCGCUACUGGCCUUUGCUCUAUAGAGGUCUGCGUCUCGCCUUCGGCGCGAAGCUGCGCGAGAAGCGGAGGGUGCAGUUCAGGUACUGCGCCGAGAGCGUCGACAGGCGUCUCGAGAAGCCGCCCUCGGCGGAAGCGCGGACUGAUUUGUGGUCCCUCGUUCUCAGGCACCAGGAGAAGGAGGACCGCCUGACGCUGCCCGAGAUGCACACCAAUUCGAGCGCCUUCAUGAUGGCCGGUACGGAGACGACGGCCACGGCGUGCGGGGGCCUGACGUACUACAUGCUCAAGCACCCCGGCGUUAUGGAGAAGCUCGUCAGGGAAAUCCGCACCAGCUUCGACAGCGAGCAGGACAUAACGAUCGCUCGCAUGCAGCGUCUCGAGUACUUACAAGCCUGCAUAAACGAGACCUUGAGAGUGUACCCGCCCUCAGUCACGGGAUUCCAGAGAGUGACUCCGCCAGAGGGCGCUGAGAUUUGCGGCCGGUUUGUCCCAGGCGGGACCUCGGUCUACGUGUCGAAUUACGCCUGCUUCCGGAGCGAACUCAACUUCAAGGAUCCAGAAAAGUUCAUCCCCGAGCGUUUCCUGGAUCAAACCGGUGACUACUUCGAAUACGACAACAGAGCAGCCUUGCAGCCUUUCUCGUAUGGUCCGCGCGUCUGCAUGGGAAAACACAUGGCCUAUGUCGAGAUCAGAAUGAUCAUGGUCAAGAUGCUGUGGAACUUUGAUCUGAAGCUUUGCGAUGAGGAUGAAGACUGGCUCGACCAACCGGUAUUUCUCGUCUUCAAAAAAAGGCCCCUCAUGGUCAAAGUGCGACCAAGAAGUCAUGGAAAUCCGGACAAACCUCAGUGA